AUGUGCAGCUCGAUAUCGUGGUGGCGGCGCGGCGCCACCGUCGCGCUGGGCGGCGCCGGCCGCGUCAGUGCGCGCGGCGCCGAGCUGCGCCUGGCGCCCGCGCUGCCGGCCGACGCGGGCCACUACGCAUGCGUCGUGGCGGCGCCCACUGGUCCUGCGGCGCGGCGCGACGUAGACAUACAAGUCCGCAAUCCGCCAAAAAUCUCGCCAUUCAUGUUUUCUUCGGAGCUGACGGAGGGCAGCUCGGUGCAGGUGCUAUGCGGAGUGUCAUCUGGAGAUAAGCCCAUGUACUUUACGUGGUUAAAGGACGGCGCUCCACUGCCAUCCAACCUGCAGAUAGAAGAGAAGAACCUGAAUGAGUUCUCACUGCUGAUGUUCUCGGAGCUGACGGCGCGCCACAGCGGCGAGUACACGUGCCGGGUGUCCAACCACGCCGCAGUCGUCAACUACACCGCCACGCUCAGUGUCAAAGUUGCUCCGACGUGGACGAUGGAACCUUCGGACACAGCCGUGUUACUCGGUGCUCCUCUGUUCCUACCAUGCGCUGCGAAAGGUUACCCUGUUCCUUUAAUCACGUGGUACAGACACAUCGGUGAGGCGAGUCCUUCGGGUGGUGACAGUGGCGACAGCGGCGAGCAAUGGGAGCAAGUGAGCGCGGCGGAGUGGGGCGCGCCGGGCGGGCUGCGCGCGCGCAACGGCUCGCUGUCCGCGCCCGCGGCCGCGCGCGCGCUGCGGGGGCUGUACCGCUGCCUCGCUGACAACGGAGUAGGCCCGCCACUGCUCAAGCACGUCAACAUCACCGUACAUGAACCGGCGCAGUUCGAGGGCUCGGGCGGCAACGUGACGAGUGUGCGUGGCCGCGGGGCGGCGCUAGUGUGCCAGGCGCGGGGCGACGCGCCGCUCCAGCUGCACUGGACGCACGGCGGCGCCCCGCUCGACCUGUCCUCCUACAGGUGGGCGGUGUCGGAGGCGCGCACGGCGGGCGGGCUGCGCUCGACGCUGCAGCUGCGCGCGGCGGAGCGCGCCGACGCCGGCGAGUACCGCUGCCACGCGCACAACCAGUUCGGUCGCAGCGAGCUGCUCAUGUACUUACAUGUCGAAGAGCCACCAGCGGCGCCGCGGCAGCUAAGGCUGGGCGGGCUGGGCGCGCGCUGGGUGCGCCUGGUGUGGGCCGCGCCCCCCGCGCCCCCCGCGCCUCGCGCGCCCCCCGCCCCCGUCUACACGGCGCUGUAUGCACCGCUGCGGUCCCCGGCCGCUGCCACCGCCACCAACCUCACGGUGCACAUCGACCACCGGAUAGACAGUGAAGACAUAUUAUCAGCAACGCUGGACGGGCUGCGGCCAGCCGGCGCGUACUCUCUGCGACUGACUUCAGCCAACCACGUGGGGCAGUCGCCGCACUCAGACCCCUUAAUGUUCACCACACUAGAAGAAGCCCCGACUGGCUCUCCGCAGAGCGUCAGAGUGAGAGCGUCCACACCGGGUGAGCUGCACGUCUCGUGGACGGCACCGCCGCAGGACAGCUGGAACGGUGAGCUUCUGGGGUAUGUAGUCUCAUGGCGCGAGCUCGGCGUUGACGGUGUAGUUGGCGAGGACGAAGGCGCGGGGGGCGCAGGCACCGCAACGGUGCGCGGCUGGAGUAGCGCGGAGCUGACGGUGGCGGGGCUGCGCUCGUUCGCUCGCUACGCGCUGACCGCGCGCGCCUACAACCGCGCGGGCCCCGGCCCGCACUCACCUGCUGUUUACGCUACUACCGUCGAUGGAGUGCCGGAGGAGUGGCCGCGCGGCGUGGCGUGCGAGGCGCUGUCGGCGACGUCGCUGCGCGUGCGCUGGGCGCCGCUGUCCGCCGCGCAUGCGCACGCACUGCGCGGGUACGACCUGCACUACGCACCGCUGCACGCAGCCUCCGGUCUGUACGCUACGUGUCGCUAUACGUCUAAUGAUCAUUACGAAUAA